AUGAGUGUGGCUUGUCUUCAGGAAUGGCAAAAUCAUUUGAAAACAAGAAUACAAAUUGAACUGGAAUAUGCGGAGCGUUUAACUUCUCUUUCACGGACUCUGUCUCAAUGUUAUCAAGACCCUGCUUUGCACGGAUCUUGUGCACGGCUUGUUGAGAAUGAGCAGCGUUGCGGGCGAUCACAUGCUGAUAUGGCUCAAUACUUGGAUCAAUUCGUUUCUACACAGCUUGGUGCAGCAAAACAGUCGAGUCAAAGAUCAAUCGUGGAGCAAAUUCGGUUCGCUAUGCAACUAUACGAAACAAGUUUGUUCGCGUUUUUUAAGCAAACUGCAGAUGGACGUGCAUCUAGUCGUGUUGGAGACAGAACCGUUCGUCAAGAAGACUCCAUCCCGCAGUUGCAGCCUUCCUCCGCUCAUCUUGGGCAAGGGAGGGAUGUUUCCGGUGCCCUCUCACCAACCUACCACGGCGAGUUUGCGGGUUCUAGAGAUACCGUGACACGUUCCCCCUCAGAUGUUGCUUAUAAUGAUGUGGAAGAAACCAACAAGCGAUUGGGCGAAAUCUUAAAUCGUCUCAAGCGAGAUCCAAUUUUUGAAGAACCGAUUUCGUCACGGACAGAGCAGACUCGCCCAGUACCUGCUAAGCCAUCAAUUGCGCGUGGCUCUACCCAGGGUGCGUAUGCUCCACGUGAUACACAAUCGGCUCUGCAAAGCGCCAAACCUCUCAGCACUUCGGCUCAACACAAUGCUCCUACUGUUGCCUCGACUAGGUCCACGGUGCGAGCCCCGCCUGUGACUAGGGCUCACCCACUUUCAUCAUCUUUUCCAAGUCAAAACUACGCAACGCACUACGAAUCAGCGCCUGCAUAUGCUUCUGGAAUCCCGGCCACCAACCGAAACCAUAAUGUCAAUGGUGCUGGACGAGGUGAACCAAUCCCGCGCAAGUAUGUUCACGAUGAUGACGAUAAUGACUUUUUUGAUCCCACUCCAUUGUAUCAUCAACAGCAGAAACUCCGUGAUAGAGACGAUCGAGGUUUAAUAGCCGUGCAUUCCGAUCCCCAACCUUCUAUUCCCCAUCGAACGCGGCCAGCCUCAGCUGCUGAAAAGGAACCUGUCCUAGGUUACGCUCGAGCCUUGUAUAGCUAUCAAGCUACAAUACCGUCAGAAAUAAACAUGACGGCAGGACAAGUCCUCAGCAUUCUUACAAAGCAGGAAGACGGCUGGUGGAGGGGACAGGUGGUUCAGCCGGUUACGGGACGUAUUGGUUUAUACCCGUCAAACUACGUCGUUGAGCUCGAACGUCAAUAG